AUGGAUCAAGAACUAAUCUAUCGUUUGGCUUUUCAAACAGAUACUGAAAAUAUUUGCCAAUUCUUGUUUAGAUAUUUUUAUUAUGAUGAACCCUUGGGCCAGGUGAGCUUUUCCAUAAGUUAAUUAUUGAUAGUGAUAUUUUUGAGGCCUUGAAAGUUUCACUGGAAGAAGUAGAUCAACUAUAUCGAGAAAUUGUGAAUCGAUGCUUGAAAUUUCCAUUUUCCACCUUGGUCACUAGAAACGAUGGUGAAAUUGUUGGAGUUCUACUGAUCUCAGUUUGGAAUCGCAAUGACAGCGAAGAAGAUAAUGAUUAUGAAGGUUCAACUUCUAGUGAAGGCAUACGAGCUCUCAGUGAGUUAUUUGAGACUUUUCCUGUCUGAAACUUUUUUUUCAGUCAAACUUCUGAAUGAAGUUCAUUCUAAUUUCUGGUCUCUUGCUCCAUCAAACAUUGAUUCAGUUCUCCAUCGAGAAGUUUCUAGCGUGGCUCCACAUUUUCAACGAAAAGGAAUUGCAACCAGAAUGUUGAAUGAGAACUUGAAUAUUUUGAAGCUGAAGAGCUUCAAUAUUGGCGGUGUCAUUUCGGAAACUUGUUCAUACUCUAAUCAAGUUUUAUUGGCUAAACAUGGAUUCAAACCGUUGAAAGAGAUCAAAUAUUCAACUGUUGAAGAUUCAAAAGGCAACAAAAUUCUGAAGCCAACGGAUGGAUCAGAGGGAAUUAUUCUGAAUUACAAAAGUAUUGAUGGUUUUGAUUUGAGCUUUUGA